UACAGAUAAAUAGCCGUCUAUUAAUUAAAUACACGAAAUGAAAUUAGUGUAUACUACGCCGUCUGUGUCUAAGUUCGCGUCUUUUUAUGUCCUUCUUGCUCGGCUGCUGAGCACAGACUUGAGACUUCCUUGUCGCUUCCUUGUCGUCAGGCGACAAAAGGUGAGGCGCUUUCGCGAUUGGCUUCUAGAUUGUUCUAGAAGGCUUCUUCCUUCAGUGGCGUAGGCAGCGCAUAGGCGUCGUCAAUCG